AUGGCGGACAAGAGCGGUAGGAGGAGGAGAUCUAGUAGCAUUCUUCAGGUCUACCACGAGCCCCCCGAGCCCAUUGAGCAGCUCAGCGACCAGUCUGCGCUACCAAAUCUGAACGCGAACUGGGUCAACGCAAAAGGUGCUUGGACCAUCCACCCGGUGCUGAUCGCCUGCCUCAAGAUCUUCUACGACAUCAUUCCCGGCGUCUCCCAAGAAACGUCAUGGACACUGACCAACAUUACAUACAUGUUUGGCUCGUACCUCAUGUUCCACUACGUCCGUGGGGUACCGUUCGAGUUCAACGGCGGGGCUUACGACAACCUCAACAUGUGGGAGCAGAUCGAUGACGGGGCCCAGUACACGCCCGCCAAGAAAUUUUUGCUGAGUGUCCCCAUCGUGCUCUUCCUCUUGAGCACGCACUACACCCAUUACGACCUGACGUACUUUACCAUCAAUUUUCUUGCGGUUCUGGCGGUCAUCAUACCCAAACUGCCUUUUAGCCACCGUAUGCGUGUCGGGCUGUUCUCAGGUGUUCCUGAAGAUUAA